CUGUUACUGUUAUAACUCUGCUGGGUGGACUGAGAAGAGUGACGCCCUGGAGCUGGUGGUGACAGGUGUCUACUACAAACCCACCCUGUAUGCCCUGCCAAACCCUGUUGUAACCUUUGGAAGAUCUGUGACCCUCUCAUGUACCUCAAAUCAGAAAUAUGACAGGUUCAUUUUAAUUAAGGACAAGCAGUUCUACAGCUCCAUGGACUCAUCACAAUAUGCAUAUACUGGUCAGUCUUCAGCCAGAUUCCAAGUCAGUCCCAUCACACUCAGUGAAAGAUGGAGUUUCAGAUGCUAUGGUUAUCACACAAGCAAGCCUCAAGUGUGGUCAGAAGGGAGUGACAUCCUGGAGCUGCUAGUCUCAGGGACCCUCCAGAAACCCACCAUCUGGGCUGAGCCGGGCUCUGUGAUCACCUCAGGGAAUCCUGUGACAAUCUGGUGUGAGGGAACUAAGGAAACACAAAUGUAUUUCCUGUAUAAAGAAGGAAGCCCAGCACCCUGGCGCAGAUUGAGUGCACCAUUACCUGAUCACAAGGCCAAGUUUUCCAUCCCAUUCUUGACAGAGUAUAAUGCAGGACGAUAUCGUUGUUACUGUUUUAACUCUGCUGGGUGGACACAGCACAGUGACGCCCUGGAGCUGGUGGUGACAGGUGUCUACACCAAACCCACCCUGUCUGCACUGCCAUACCCUGUUGUACCCUUAGGAGGAUCUGUGACCUUUUCAUGUACCUCGAAUCAGAGAUUUAAUGGUUUCAUUUUAAUUAAGGAUGAGCAGUUCUCCAGCUCCAUGGACUCACAAUAUGUAUAUACUGAGCAGUCUUCAGCCAGAUUCCAAGUGGGUCCUAUCACACUCAGUGAAAGAUGGAGUUUCAGAUGCUAUGGCUAUCACACAAGCAAGCCUCAAGUGUGGUCAGAAGGGAGUGACAUCCUGGAGCUUCUAGUCUCAGGGACCCUCCAGAAACCAAGCAUCUGGGCUGAGCCAGGCUCUGUGAUCACCUCAGGGAAUUCUGUGACAAUCUGGUGUGAGGGAACCAUGGAAACUCAAAUGUAUUUCCUGUAUAAAGAAGGAAUCCAAGCACCCUGGGGCAGAUUAACUUCACCAGUGCCUGAUCACAAGGCCAGGUUUUUCAUCCCAUCUAUGACAGUAUAUAAUGCAGGACGAUAUCGUUGUUACUGUUAUAACUCUGCUGGGUGGACACAGCACAGUGACACCCUGGAGCUGGUGGGGACAGGGUCAUCCAGGAAGCCCUUCCUGAUAACCCAGCAAAGACCUCUCCUGGCACCUGGAGAGAAGCUGACCCUCCAGUGUUACUCAGACAUGAGUUAUGACAGAUUUGCUCUUUCCAAGGAGGGUAGAAGUGACGUCCCACAGAUGUCUGCCCAUUUUACCCAGGCUGGAAAGUCUCAUGCAAACUUCACCUUACACUCUGUGGAUUUCACCACUGGUGGCCAGUAUAGAUGCCAUGGUUCGUACAACACCUCUUUUGAGUGGUCAGUCCCUAGUGACCCUCUGGACAUCCUGAUCACAGGACAUCCUCCUGUCACACCCAACCUCUCAGUGCAUCCAGGUACCACCGUGUCCUCAGGAGAGAAAUUGACCCUGUUGUGUAAAUCAUCAAUCCCAGUGGACAGUUUCCUUCUGUUCAAGGAGGGUGCAUUCCAUUCCCACAUGCAUCAAAUAUCAAAGCUCCAAGAUUCACAAUAUCAGGCAGAAUUCUCCAUGAGUGCUGUGACUCCAUCCAUUAGGGGUACCUAUAUGUGCUUUGGUUCUCAAAGAUCAUCUCCUUACCUGUUGUCACACCCCAGUGUCCCCAUGGAGAUCAUUGUCUCAGGACUAGCAAGAUACCAGAAGAUUUUGAUUGGAGUUUCUGUGGGAUUCCUCCUGCUGCUCUUCCUUCUUGCCCUACUCCUUCUGCUCAGACUCAGGAACCAGAAAAAAUGCAGCAAGGGACUCCAGACAGUGACCAACUUGCAACAUUCUGCAGGAGCUGGAGAGCCAGUGACCAGGGACAGAGGCAUCCAGAAGAGCCCAGCUGCUGCUAUCCAGGAAGAAACCUUGUAUACCAUGGUGAAGGGAACACAGAUUAAAGAGAGCAUGGAGCUGGACAUUAUGAACCAACAUGAGGAAAAUCACCCCAAAGAUUUGUAUGCCCAAGUGAAACCCUCCAGACUCAGAAGGGCAGAGCCCACCUCUCCUUUCCUCAUGCCAAAGGAACCGCUGGACUCAAACAACAGGCAGGCAAAAGAAGACAAAGUGAGAGACCAUCAGGCUGCUGCAUCCAAGGAGCCCUGUGAUGUGACCUAUGCCCAGCUGCACAUCAUGACUCCAAGACAAAGGCAGCUGAACCUUGCAUCUUUCAGGCCGAAAAGUCCCACUUGAGACACUACUCUGGUGUUUACCUGUCCAGAUCCAAGGAGAUACAGACUCUCUAUUCUGUGGGGGAGGUAGGACUCAGGGAGAUGAGAAAAUAGAAUCUGUCACAGGUGUACAGCCAUUUUGCAGAUAUAUCACACAGAAUGUGGUAACUUUGGGAACUCAACUGAUUAUGUAAUCAGGAUAAGUAAUAUCCCUGCAUUUUAUAAAUAAAGCAAAUACUUUGUCAUUACUCAAUGGAUAAAAUGGAAGAAAGUAGGAAAAAAGUAGGUGAAGGAAGUCUCUGUUUUUGUUUUUGUGCUUUUCUUUGUUUUUUGAUUUUCUUUCAAAUUCAAGACCUUUUUCAUUAAUUGUUAUUUCAUGUACAUGUGAAUAUGUAUAUACAAAGUUUGAAAAAAAAUUUCUCUGAA